UGAGCUUUUAAGAAGCAGGAAUUGAGGAUUGGGGUUCCAGCACCAGCUAUAGGAAAACAGACAAAAACAAACAAACAAAUAAAAACACCUUAUAGUCAGCCAGACCUGGGUUCAAAUUCCUGAUUCUUCUAUUUACUAUCUGUGUGGUCGUGGGUAGGUAAUAGGAUCCCUUUGGGCCUGUUGUCACCUUCUAAAUGGGAAUAAUAGCGCUUCCCAAGGGCAUGGUAGGAUUUAAGUACCAUAAUGUAGCCAAUGCUUGACAGUGCCUGGCCAAAACGGGCGCUCGGUUUGGCAGCUCCCUUUUGAGCCCCCACCAACCCCCCUGCGAGUUUAGGCACACUCUGCCUCCUUGGGGCCUCGGUUUCCCCGUGGGCGUGCAAGGUUUCCUGGGGUCAAGCAGCGGUCCGCAGGGCGGCGCCGGGCCGAGCCUGUUGGUGACGGAGACGGCACUGUCCAGCCUGGGCGCCCUGCACUAACAGGAGCGGUGCCACCCCCGUUCCUCCGCGACUCCGCCGGGCACGGGGCAGAGGGAACGCCCCUGGAGAAUGCCUGGCCGGCUGGCCUGCGGGAGGGCCGCCUGCUGAGUGUUUUCGGACGGAAGGCUCCUCCUCCCCCCUCGCAGGUGCCCCGUCCUGCCAAGUUCGGCGGACGGAGGCCGGUGUGCGCCCCGCCGGCGGCUGGGAGGCUCCAGCUUCGGGAGAGGGAGGAGCCGCCGCCCAGGUGGGGCAGGUGGGAAGCCUGCACUCAGGUGUGUCCGGAGCCCGGGGAAGUGAUUGCUCCCUGGACGGCGCAGGCGGAGCAGAGCGGACUCCUGGCCCCAGGAUCCAGCUCUGGGAAGCGGGGUUUGUUUCCCAGACUCUGCCUCGGAGGAAAGCCAUGGAAGAGGAAGCAAUAAGAAGCUUCAAGGAACUUCGAGCCAAAUUUCAAAAGCUUGAUGCACCAUCUCUUCCUGGGCCUAUUAAAUUUGCAGCAGGUGUUUCUCAGAAGAGGGACAUUGGAACCAUACAGUCAACAAAGAUUUUGGCCAAUGGGAAGCCCCUUUCAUCCAACCACAAUCAGCUCCCACAAAACUGCUCCAGUGAUGAACUCCAGCCUCAUAAGCCCCCAAAAAUGAAGUUGUCCCAAAGGAGCAAGAUUCAGAAAUAUUCCAAUUCUCCAGGACCUCCAGAAAGGUCUACUGGGUUUGCGGUAAAUUCACAGACAGGUUCUCUGCUAUUAGACACGAAUCAGCCCAAUGCUGAGAAGAAAGUAAUGGCAGCUAAUAGUUUCAGAGACAAGCUCUGGAACUGGGAGCAGGUUUCAUCUCAGAAAAGUGAGCUGUCAUCAGCCUUCCUCCCUGCCAAUUGUGGAAGUAGGGCCUUCCACCUGGAAGAGCAGAAGAGCACAGGGCUCACUCUAAAGGAGCCCAGGAAAAGGCUGGACAUAAAAGGAGGCCAGACCCUUCCUUCCCAGAGGCACCUGAUGGCCCAAAGAAAGUCACCUGAUCUCUCUAAAGACCCUACCUUCCUACUUUCUCAAAAAGGCAGGAAGGGCCUAGAAAACCCCAGUCCUAAGAAGAGCCCAGCGGGGAGCCCCUGCCAGCCUAUCUAUGAGAGCGAGCUCACCAGCCAGGCCCCAGAAAAAAAACUGGAAGACAGGCAUCACCAGCUGCUCAAAACAAAGCCACUGCCUUCUGUUGGGUCUCUGGGUCCUCCUCCCGCAAAGCCUCCCAGACCCCCAGGGGUGAAGCUCCAGGCCUUCCAGAGGCGGGCAGCUGCCGCUCCAGAGACCCACGGGGAAGCAGCUGUGGAAGACGGCUACCGGCCUCCAGAGGGUGUUGAAUUUGAAGAACCACAUAAUUAUGAGGCGACAAUUUCAUAUCUGAGGCACUCUGGCACCUCCAUUAACCUGUGUGCCGCAAAGGAAAUUGCUGAUUCAACUUAUGAAGUUGAAAUUGAAGAACUCCAAAAGCCUUGGAAGACUUUUCUCCAUCAAGAACUUAGCCCUAAACAUGAAGAUAAGAAAGUGGAGGAAAAAGAGCCAUGUGAAUUGGAACCUCAGAAAACAGAAAAGGAUCUACAUUCAAACCAUCUUGUCAAGGUGGAUGGCAAUGACAGGACACCUGGAAGAAUCCAGAUGAUUGAAGCCCACAGAGGCAGGAGGAGCAUGCUGGCCCGAAAGCAGGAAGCUGCAACUGAUGUCAUCCAGACAAAGGCCUGCCCCCACAACCUGGAGCUGGCCAGGCACUCCCAAGGCCUCUGUGAGUAUGUGAAGGCCUUGGAGGUGACUAAGGAAACCCCAGGCCAAGAGGUCUGUAAACCAGGUUCCACCUCAGAGGAGACAUACGAUGAUGUUGAAUACCCCAGGAGACAGGGACCAAAGUCAGACUUCUCUAACUCAUUUGCCUCAGAAAAUAAAGAAAAUAGUGAAGAAAUGUAUGAAGAUGUCUACAAAACAAAGAGCAACUACUCAAAGAUAGAUUUAGAUGGGAAAGAAACACUUAAAAGACUACAGAAGUUCUUCAAGAAAGAAAAGGAUAGAUUUAAAAUGAGGAAAACCAAGUCAAAAGAAAAUUUAAGCAGUUCAUUUUCCACUUCACUGCCUAAUUUAGAACUUAGGUCUCCGGAAAUCCUUAUCUAUGAUGAUGUGGACAUAAGUGAAAAGGAAUCAAAAGAAGAAGAUAAACUAAAAACUUGGAAGCCCAAAUUUUUGAUGCUAAAGGAAAAAAAAGAGAAAAAAGGUGAAGAAUCAGAAAGAAAUUUCUUCAGAACCAAGAAGCAAAACUUAGAAAAGACCAGAAUGAAAAGAGAAGAAAAACUUUUUAGAGAAAGAUUUGAGUAUGACAAAGAUAUUACUGUCAUUAACACAGCAGUGGUGUGUUCCAAUAAUUCAAGGAAUGGAAUAUUCGACUUGCCAAUAACUCCUGGAGAAGAGGUAGAAGUCAUCGAUAUCACCAAAGAAGAUCUAGUGAUAUGUCGCAAUUCUAAAGGCAAAUAUGGAUAUGUACUAAUUGAACAUCUAGAUUUCAAGCAUGAAGGUUGGUUGCCUUAGGAAAAUCAAGAGCAAAUAGUACGGCCUACAUGAGCGAGAACUCACUCUUAAGAUCUUAGUCCUGCCUCACAGCAGUUUACAUGUCCAAAUGAGAUGUUGGAAACUUUCAUUAGGAAUU